GAGAGAGAGAGAGAGAGAGAGAGAGAGAGAGAGAGAGAGAGAGAGAGAGAGAGAGAGAAAUGGAUCAGACGGUGCUAGACUCUCAAGUGUACCCAUACACGACCCAACCCCAUAGCCAGUGCAUCACCAUUAACCAGAUCGAUGGAUCAUCAUCAGGCGAAGGAUCAAAGCCGGUGAAGCGAAGGAGAAAGAGGAGAAGCAGAGGGUCGUCAGCCACCAACGAAGAGGACGUGGCGACGAUAGGAGGGAUGCUGAGGAAGAGAAAGUUGACCGAUGAGCAAAUGAAUAUGCUGGAAUAUAGCUUCGAGAAUGAGCACAAGCUUGAGUCAGGGAGGAAAGAAAAGAUCGCCAGAGAGUUGGGUCUUGAUCCGAGACAGGUAGCUGUUUGGUUCCAGAACCGUCGUGCACGGUGGAAGAACAAGAAACUCGAAGAAGAGUACGCCAAACUCAAGAGACAACACGACACCGUCCUCCUCGGCCAAUGUCACCUUGAGUCUCAGAUAUUAAAACUAACAGAACAAGUGAGUGAAGCUCAAAAUGAAAUUCGAAAACUAUCAGAACGACUUGUCCAAGAGACGUCAACAAACAGUUCAAGUUCAUCGCUUUCUGUUGAAGCCAACUACGCACCCAUUGAGUUCGAGUUUUCGCCGGAUACAAACUACAGCAUCCCAUUCUACACGAUGGAUAAUAAUUAUCUUCAAAACAUGGAGUAUUGGGAUGGUUUGUUUGUGUAAUUUCAAAACUAAAUGUUUGGAGUCUUAUGUAUGAAAUGCAUGUUCUUAUUUGCUGUAUAGAAAUAGAUGUCGGCAAACUGUUGUAAAUGUAGUGGUUUAAGUAUUUAACUAUUUCAAUAUUUUAACUUGGGUUUUCACCCUUUUCCUCUAAUU